AUGAACAAUGGUGAUAAAUUACUCUCAUCAAUCUUUGUACAAGACGGUUUCGAUAAAAAUCAAAAACUCAGCAGUAAAUUUUAUCCAAGACAUAAUAUUUCAUUUCUUGAAGUAUGCUGUUACCAUGGAGCAGUUGAUUGUUUCAAACUUUUAAGAUCAGAAUUCAAAGCGGAAGUUUCAGAAACAUGUAUUGAAUUAUCAUUUUUAGGAGGAAGUCAGGAGAUCAUGAUGGAAUGUUUGAAAGUUUUUACCGAGGAUGAUAAAAAGAAGCUUUCCCAGGAUUUCAUGCAAUAUGCCAUUAUUUCCCAUAACAUUGAUUUUAUUUCAUAUUUGAUCAAUGAAUAUGGAAUGUAUAUCGAUAUACCAGCUUGCUAUGAUAAUAACAAUAUUCAAGCAUUUAUAGUGCAUUUAGAUUACAUUACCGAUAUCAAUGAUUGCCUUUAUCCAUCAAUUUUGUUUGAUAACCCAUUUGUUUGCGAAUAUAUGAUUCAUUUGGGUGCUGAUAUCCAAGUAAAUAUAGACCCAUUUGGAUCACCGCUCCAAUAUGCAUUAAAUAAAGGUUGUUAUGCUUCAGCAAAAUACCUCAUUUCAAAAGGUUCUGAUAUUGAAGUAGUUGAUGAUAAAGGAAGAACAUAUCUCAUUAUUGCAUCUGUUAAUAAUUACCAAGAAAGAGUUCGAGGUGCUGUUUUAUGUGGUGCAAAUAUAAAUAAAAAGGAUUUAAGUGGAAAAACUGCACUCCAUUAUUCAGUUGAUGUAAGGAAUGAAAAAACUGUUGAAUUCCUUAUUUCACACGGUGCUGAUGUCAAUGCAAGGGACAAUUCGGACAUUACACCUCUUAGUAUUGCGAAGACUCUUGGAGAAACAAAAAUUGAACAAAUUCUUCUUUCACAUGAUGCAAAAAUAUAA